GAACAAUUGCUGAUGCUCCUGACUGGGGAAGGUGGGACAGGGAAGUUGCAAGUGAUUCACAGUAUUUGGCAAUACUUCAAGAGCUGUGGCAUGGAAAGGCAAUUGGCCCUAGGCACAUACACAGGAAUUGCUGCCAGUCUCAUAGGAGGGAAGAUGCCUCAUGUGUUGUUCAGAUUGAUGGCUCAAUGGUCAGGGAAGCCAGGGGCCAGUAAAAUCUGCAAACUGGCAAGCAUGUGGGCAGGAAAGGAGUACCUCAUAAUUGAUGAGUACUCAAUGAUAUCCCGAUCACUGAUGGCUUGCCUCUCUACAAUAAUGGGGCUAAUCAAGGCCCACAAUGGGGAGGAGGAGAGGAGCUGUGAAUGUGAUAAUUUGCGGGGACUUCAGUUCAAGCCCAUUGUGCAGAAAAGCAGUGCAGCUUUGUACUGGCCAAUAUUGGUGGCACAGAAUAUGGGAGAGGACAUUACAGGGUCAGAGCUAUACCAACUAUUUACCACAGUGGUGUGCUUGACACAGCAAAUGCGAGUCCAAGAUGCGGAGUGGACCAAAUUCCUUCAAUAUGCACGACACGGGAAAUGCACAACUCCACACUUGAAGAUGCUUGGGAGACUCCUUGUGACAUCAAGGGAUUGUCCCCCAACAAAUGCAAGGGAGGCCCCUGGAAGGAAGCCAUAUUGGUGA